AUGGCUUGUGUGGAUCUUGGUUUCUCUUUUGAAUGGGUUUCUAGAGAGGUAGUUCAAGAGCGCUCAUUAGAGGUUAAUGUCGGAUGUAAAACUUGCUCGGAAAGAAACCGUUUCCAAGCCAUUGACACUUUUUCUCCUAACAGAAGGCAGCGUCGAGGGGCUUUAGGAACUCGAAUGAAAGGAGAGGAGAGAUAUUCCCAUACAGCCAGUGGGGAGGAUGGCACUACAGGCAAAGACCGNCUGGCGAAAACGCCGCAGGCGCGAAGCGUGGUAGGCCUGCGCCGGGUGAGCAUAGGGGGAAAGGGAUCCCGGACGGUNGAAGAGCNAGGGGAGNCCGGGUCAUUUGACGGAAAUGGAAGGAGGAACCCCUCUUAUAGAAAGCCCUAUGAAGUUAAGGGANCACAUAUCACGAACGCUACAGGUGUGGGAGCGAUCCUGUCAGGGAAGGCUAAGACGGCGCCUCGCAUAUGGGUAGCAAGAGGGCGCUUAUGCCCUGACGGUGGGGCCUUGUGGGGAAGGGGUUCCUCCAAUAGGGACAGCACACCCCCCACGCUCCCCCCCAAACAAAGAGAGACUGAUUCUGACUCUCCCAAUUAA